AAAGCCCUAGGACAGUCUCCGCUUCGUCUGAGGGUUUGAGCCGCUAAAACAGUUGUUUGGAGACUUGGAAAGUAGCAGAGAAGAAUGGAUUCUGAUACGAUUAUGGAACCGAUGGAUUUGAAGGUGAGAGAGCUGUUGAAGGAGGUACAGCUCGACUACUCUUCUGCAACAACAAAGCUCGUCGACGACACCGUUUCAGCCAUUAAACAAGCCAUCGAUACAAUCCCUGAAGACUUGAAGGUUACAGCAGAUUUUGCUCCACAAUUUGUCAGAGACAUUGGCGCUGAUAAAGUUGAAUUCAACUUCAAGAAGCCAAAAUUGGUUGAAAUUGGUGGUAGUUAUUCAAUACGCUGUGUGGCAAAGCCUGAUGUAUGUAUUGAUCUUUUUGUUAGGUUGCCAAAGGAGUGUUUCCAUGAGAAGGACUAUUUGAAUCACCGUUACCAUGCAAAAAGGUUCCUCUAUCUCUGCAUAAUUAAGAAGUAUUUGAACUCUUCUUCCUUCAUUCGAAAGGUUGAAUGGUCCACCCUACAAAAUGAGGCUCGAAAACCACUAUUGGUUGUCUAUCCAGCUAUGGAGCUUGCUGAAGUUCCUGGCCUUUCUGUGAGAAUAAUACCUACAGCAACAUCCCUGUUUAGUAUUUUGAAGUUAAACUUGAAGCGGAACAAUGUUCGUUCUUUGAAGCAAGAUGAGAGUACUCCUCAGGCUACACCAAAAUACAAUAGUAGUAUUUUGGAAGACAUGUUUCUAGAGGACAAUGCGGAAUUUGUGAAGCAAACUUUUCUUGGUUGGAAGGAGUUGGGGGAGGCUUUAAUUUUGCUUAAGGUAUGGGCUCGGCAGAGAAGUUCGAUAUAUGCUUAUGAUUGCUUAAAUGGAUUUCUGAUCUCUGUCAUAAUGUCAUACCUUGCAACGGAUUCUGGAAGGAAUCUCAUUAACAAUUCAAUGAAGCCAAUGCAGAUAUUUCGUGUGACCUUGGAUUUCAUUGCCACAUCUAAGCUAUGGAAUACUGGUCUUUAUUUCAAGUCUCAAAGCCUACUGAAUAUUUCAAAGGAGGAGUUGCUGGAAAGGAAGCAAUAUUUAAGAUUAUUUCCUGUAGUUAUAUCUGAGUCACUUGCUCAUUUUAAUUUGGCAUUCCGGAUCACAGGAGGUGGCUUUUUGGAGCUCCAAGACGAGGCUGUUUUGACCCUUAGUUGCAUAGGCAAAUGUAAAGAUGGUGGGUUUGAGGAGCUUUUUAUGACUAAGAUUGACUAUCCAGCUAAAUAUGACUACUGCAUGAGAUUGAAUUUGAAAGGAAAUAGUGAUGUUUAUGCAUCGGGGUUUUGCUUGGAUGAGGAAUGUUGGAGAUCCUUUGAGCAGAAAGUUCAUUUUCUUCUGCGUCAAGGAUUGAGCGAUAGAGCAAAGUUCAUCCGUGUUAGCUGGAAAAAUGCCACUUCAGAAUGCAAUGUGGAAAAUGGUUUAUCAAUCUUUGAUCGAGAGCCAUUGCUCAUUGGGAUUUCAGUCAGCUCUUUAGAGAAAGCUUUUAGAGUGGUCGAUGUUGGUCCAAAUGCUGAGCAUAAAGAUGAGGCUCUUAAAUUCCGGAAGUUUUGGGGAGAGAAAGCAGAGCUUCGAAGAUUUAAAGAUGGGAUGAUUGCAGAAAGCACAGUAUGGGAAAGCAAGCAAUGGGAAAGGCAUACCAUCAUAAAAAGGAUUACCGAAUAUCUCCUUUUGCGGCACCUUUCCUUGUCAGAAAGAAAUAUCGUGCAUAUUGUAGAUCAACUUGAUUUCUCUCUGGUUCAUGGUGUUGGAGAUUCUAUAUCAUUUUCUGGAAGUUUGCUUGAGGCAUUUGAAGUGUUGUCAAAGCGAUUACAUCUUCUCAAAGACAUUCCUUUGAAGGUGUCUAGUGUGCAGCCUUUAGAUUCAGCUUUCAGGUUUACAUCUGUCUUCCCUCCUGAACCUCAUCCCCUAGCCAAUGAAAAGAGUGCUGUUCCUAGAUUAAAUAAGCUCACUUCAACCUGUAUUCAACCAUUGGAAGUUAUGAUUCAGUUGGAAGGUUCAGGCAACUGGCCAAUGGAUGAUGUAGCUAUUGAGAAGACUAAAUCUGCUUUCCUUCUAAGAAUUGGAGAAAGUCUCCAGAACAAUUGGGGUAUGAUCUGCACUGCUACUGAGGAAAAUGUGGAUGUUUUUAUGUCUGGAUACGCAUUUCGUCUUAGAAUUUUGCAUGAAAGAGGCCUGAGUUUGUUGAACAGGCAAAAUGGGAGUAAUCAACUGAAGCAUAUUUCUUCUGUUGACAAGGAACUUUUUACCCGUGGCCAGCAUUCUAGCAUGAUUAAUGGUCUACAGGGUUGUUACCCAAUAUAUGGGCCAGUUGUUCGGCUAGCAAAGCGAUGGGUUGCUUCACAUCUCUUUUCAUCUUGCUUGGUUGAGGAGGCAGUUGAGCUAUUGGUUGCAUAUCUCUUUUUGAAGCCUUUACCAUUUUAUGUACCUUGCUCUCGGAUAUCAGGAUUUCUAAGGUUCUUACGGUUAUUAUCAGAGUAUGACUGGAACUUCUCUGCUUUGGUGGUUGACAUAAAUAGUGAUUUGAGCCCAAGUGAUGAAAAAGAGAUUAAUGAGAAUUUUACUUCAAGUAGAAAAGGUUAUGAAGAAAAUGCCCAAAAUGUGAACCCGGCAAUGUUCUUAGCAACAGCUUAUGAUAAGGCAUCUGAAGCUUGGACCAGAUUCUCACCAAACUCAUCAGAGCUUAGAAGGUUGGUGGCCUAUGCCCGAAGCAGUGCAAACCUAUUGACUAAACUUAUUUUGGGGGGUCAAAUUGAUUCUUACAGAUGGGAGUGUCUUUUCCGUACUCCCUUGAACAACUAUGAUGCUGUAAUUCUUCUCCACAGGGAGAAAAUGCCUUAUCCCCAACGUCUUCUCUUCCCAUCUGAGAUGAACCAAGGGAAGCAUGUUGCUCAGGGCAAUGCUAGCAAGGCUUUCCAUCCAUUUUUGUUGCCUGAACACAUGAAAGGAAACUCCCCAGAUUUGAAAGAUACGCUACUGGUAGACUUUGAUCCACUGAGGUGCUUCAUUGGGGAUUUAGAGGAAGAGUUUCCAAACGCUUUCAAGUUGUGGUACGAUUCUCUAGGAGGUGAUGCUAUUGGCAUGAUGUGGGAGAGAUCAUCUUCAAAGAAACGGGGACGAAGUGAAGAGAAUGAGGAGGAAAAAGAUCCAGUCAAUGUGCUAAAAGCUGUCGGUGAGGUCGGGAAAGGGUUUGUGAGGAGUAUUUAUUUACUCAAGUCCCCAAGGCUCAGGAACUGAGCAUUGCACCAAAAGAUAAAAGAAACUGCUAAACACUGUUUUGUUAGCGUAUAAUUUAUAUUCUCAUUGGUGAGCAUUGGUAACCCAUUUUAACCACAAUGGGGCUCCACGAUUUUGAAGAGCUUAGCUUAAUGUUAGAGCGGCAUGCUGUUUUAUCAAUUUUUGUUCCUAGUCCAGUUAAGAGUAGCAAAAACCAACAUUGUGUAUGAUUUGUGUAUAUAUCAAUUUUUUUUAAGGAGAAGCUUAUUUUUGUAA